AUUCACUCUCAGCCCUCUUUUAUGGGGAAGAAAAGCUCACACUACUUUCUAUAUUCCCUCUUUCACCGUCGCCUCACACCACGCACACUACUUUCCUCUCUCACCUUUCAAAAACCCUACGCUAAAUUUUUCCCCUUUUCCAUUUCUCAGCAGAUUAUCCUCUUCUCUUCUCUCAACACCCCACAAUUUAACAUCUGAAACAAAGAAUUCCUCACGAGGAAAAUAAUCUCAUCUACAAACGGAGCAUCGUUUUCUCGAAGCCUCAUUCUCUGCAACGUACAAUUGAAGCGCAAAAAGUGUCCAUUGCCAUUCAAUCUGUCGUCGGAUGGCGUUAAGUUUGAUUUUCUUCGCCGUCUGUUCAUUUCUAGCCGCCGUCGCCCGCUCCCAAUCCGGCGACGCGGCGGUUAUGCAGGAAUUGAAGAAGAGCAUCAACGCUCCGAGUGAACUCGGGUGGAGCGACGCCGACCCCUGCAAAUGGAAGUCCGUUCAGUGCACACGAGACAACCGGGUCACCCGGAUCCAAAUCGGGCACCAAAACCUGGAGGGGUCGCUGCCUCCGUCCCUCGGCAAACUCACCUCCCUGCAAGUCUUUGAGGUCCAAAACAACCAGCUCUCCGGCGCGCUCCCGAGUCUCGCCGGGCUGAACUCGCUCCAGUCGCUCCUCCUCAGCAACAACAACUUCACCUCCAUCCCUCCCGACUUCUUCGACGGUAUGAUCUCGCUGCAAGAUGUCUACUUGGAUUCCAAUCCCUUCAGCUCUUGGCAAAUUCCGGCCGGCCUCAAGAGCGCCUCCACUCUGCAAAUGUUCUCUGCGACCUCCGCGAAUAUCUCCGGACAAUUACCCGAUUUCUUCGGGUCGGACACGUUUCCUAGCUUGACUAGUCUGCGCUUAUCGUUCAACUAUAUCCAGGGCCCCUUGCCGCCCUCGUUUGCCGGCUCUUCGAUACAGACUCUGUGGUUGAACGGUCAGAGAAGUGGAAAUGGAAUGAACGGUUCCAUUUCGAUUCUGCAAAACAUGACUCAACUCACUCAAAUCUGGUUACACAGCAAUGAUUUCUCCGGCCCCUUGCCUGAUUUCACGGCGUUGAUUCAGUUGCAGAAUUUGUCCUUAAGGCAGAAUAGCUUGACAGGCCCCGUGCCCGACUCUUUGGUAGGAUUGAAAACCCUAAUGACAGUGAAUUUGACGAGUAAUAAGCUUCAAGGGAAAACCCCCAAAUUCAGUAGCUCUGUGCAGGUUGAUAUGUCUCCGAAUUCCAACAGUUUCUGCUUGCCCGAUCCUGGUGUAGAAUGUGAUCCUCGCGUUAAUACUUUGCUCGAUGUGGCCAAGGAUAUGGGUUAUCCUGCUACAUUUGCUGAUAACUGGAAGGGGAAUGAUCCCUGCACUUCAUGGAAGGGGAUCACCUGCAGUGUUAACAACAUCACUGUGGUGAACUUUCGCGGAAUGGCUCUCUCGGGUACUAUAUCUCCAAGCUUCGCUAAGUUCCCAUCGCUGCAGAGGCUGAUUCUGUCUAAUAAUAACUUGACGGGAACCAUUCCGAAUGAGCUCACCACAUUGCCCAGUCUUGUGGAGCUGGACAUUUCGAAUAAUCAGAUUUAUGGGAAGGUUCCUCAAUUCAAGACUGGUGUGAAUUUGAAGACUGCUGGGAAUGUGAACAUUGGCAAGGAUGGCCCGCCGCCUACUGGGGCCGGUGGGAAAGAGAAUCCGGGUGGAUCAUCCCCCGGUGGUAGUGGGACAAGCAGUGGCAAUGCCAAGAAAUCUUCGACUGGGGUAGUUGUAGGUUCGGUAGUUGGGGGAGUGUGCGUUCUUGCCCUUGCUGGAACGUUGGUCUUCUGUCUUUAUAGAGGUAAGCUCAAGCGCAGUGGGAGGGUCCAGUCUCCUCACACGACAGUCAUCCAUCCGCGCCUCUCAGGCUCUGAGGACGCUGUCAAGAUCACCAUUGCUGGUUCGGGUGUCAAUGGUAGUGGCACGAGUGAGAGCUACAGCCACGGGAGCAGUGGCCCAAGCGACCUCCACAUUGUGGAGGCUGGUAACAUGGUGAUAUCCAUCCAAGUUCUGAGAAAUGUGACGAACAAUUUCAGUGAGCGGAACAUACUUGGGAGGGGGGGAUUCGGGACUGUGUACAAGGGGGAGCUGCACGACGGGACUAAGAUUGCAGUGAAGCGGAUGGAGUCGGGGGUGAUAAGCGAGAAGGGGUUAGAUGAGUUUAGGUCUGAGAUUGCUGUUCUUACAAAAGUGAGACAUAGGCAUUUGGUAGCUCUGUUGGGGUAUUGCUUGGAUGGGAAUGAGAGGCUGCUGGUUUUCGAGUACAUGCCUCAGGGGACUCUUAGCCGGUUUCUGUUCAACUGGAAAGAAGAGGGUUUGCAGCCUCUGGAAUGGAUGAAGAGGCUGACGAUUGCGCUUGAUGUUGCUAGAGGGGUUGAAUACCUCCACGGUUUGGCUCAGCAGAGCUUUAUUCACCGGGAUCUUAAGCCGUCUAAUAUUCUUCUUGGAGAUGAUAUGAGGGCUAAAGUAGCAGAUUUUGGACUUGUUAGGCUUGCUCCUGAUGGAAAAGCUUCCAUCGCCACCAAACUGGCCGGAACCUUUGGUUAUCUUGCACCAGAAUAUGCAGUGACGGGGCGAGUGAGUACUAAGAUCGAUGUGUUCAGCUUCGGGGUGAUUCUAAUGGAGAUCAUCACCGGAAGAAAAGCCCUAGACGAGUCUUUCCCAGACGACAGCCAGCAUCUGGUUCCGUGGUUCAGGCGCAUGCUAAUCAACAAGGAGACAUUCCGCAAAGCGAUUGAUCAAACCAUUGAAGUCACUGAAGAGACCUUUGGUAGCAUUUGCACGGUGGGAGAGCUGGCCGGACACUGCUCUGCUAGGGAGCCCUCCCAGAGGCCCGAUAUGGGCCACGUGGUCAACGUGCUUUCCUCUCUGGCUGAGCUGUGGAAGCCCUCGGAGCCUGCUGAUCCGGACGACGUGUAUGGGAUUGAUUACGACAUGACCUUGCCUCAGGCGCUCAAGAAAUGGCAGGCGCUCGAGGGAGUGAGCUUGAUCGAUGGGGAUGCCUCCUCCUCGUCUUACCCUGGGAGCAACGACAACACUCAGACGAGUAUACCCACUCGCCCUUCCGGCUUUGCGGAUUCCUUCACGUCAGCCGACGGCCGGUGAGGCACCCCAACAAGAGUGGGGGAGAGCGAGAUCCAUUCUUUUGCUAAGGUGAAUCAUUUGGAAGUUAGAUUAAUUAAUCUGUUUUUUUUUUUUAAUCUUUUUUAAACGCAUUUAGGUAGUAGCUCUUGUUCUUUUUUGUGGGAAAGGAAUCAUGGAUUUGAGGUUUGUUAGUUGCUUUUGAAACUCCAAUUGCUGCUUCUACUGGUGUAUAUAGUUCACUUGAUUAA